CCCAGCAUGACCACAGGAACGGUGAGCGCGUGAUGCAAAAGGCAAGAUGAGGUUCCGGCUCCCCAAAAGCGCCUGCCAUUUCCGGACAGGAAGGCCCCUGGCCCCACCCCACCUUUCCCGAAUGGCUGGGAGGCGGCGAGCGCCAAAAAUAGCCCGGCCGCGGAGCCUCUUUUCUGGAUCUCAUCUCUCGCCCGCCCGUCAGCCUGGCCGUUUUCGUUGUCCCGGCGGCGAAAGGGAGCCAAAUGACACCUGCGAUCCCCACUAAUCCCUCGUGUUCGGCGAAUAGGCGGCGGUGACGCGUUGCCUUUUGACCCUCGUAUUCCACCUUUGCGCACCCGCCCCAUCCUUCUACUCAGCCUCUCACGUCUGUACACAGUACAUAUAAUAUUGAAUUCCUCAGGUCCGUUCCUGCCGAAUCUCAUCUCCCUCUCUUUCACCCUCGAGUCUCCCCUUCCCUACCACCACUUCAACCAUCAACAUGAAGUCCACCACCGCCGCAACGCUUCUCGCAGGCACCACCCUCGCCGCAGCUCAAGGCUGGGGCGGUUCCGGCGGAGGCUGGGGCGGACCAGGCGGCGCCCCAGGCGGCUUUGCGAACUUCCCCUCGUGCGCCAGCGACGCCCUCAGCAACGCGCGCAACACCUGCUCCUCCUUCUCCUACAGCUGCCUAUGUGGCGAGAACACCGUCUCCACGCUGAACUCCGGCCUCGCCAGCUCGUCGUGCAGCAGCGACGAUAAAGAUCAGGUAUACCAGGCGAUUGCGCAGCUGUGCGCCAACGUCGGCACCACCUUGACUGCCUCGCCCGAGGCGACGUGGUCAGCGACUUCGGGUGGCAACGCGUGGCCCUCGGCGUGGUCGACGGGCACGUGGUCUCAGGGCGGUGGGCCGUGGGGUGCUGGUGGCGGCUGGAACCCGAGCGAUGGCGCGCCGUUUGGCGGCAACGGAUGGGGACCGUGGGGUUCGAGUGGCAGCUGGACAAGCGGGCCGUGGACGAGCUGGUGGAACAACGGAGACUGUCCGGCAUCCACAUGGAGCGGCUGGACGACCGGCAGCUGGGCAAGCGACUGGACGACCUGGGCAGGCUGCACAGCCUCGACCACCGCGACGAGCACCUACACCACCACCGUGAGCACCUCCGGCACCGUGGCGACCGUCACCACCACCGGCUACGGCGUGCAGCUCGCACAAAAGACGGGCUCCAGCAGUGGCUCUUCGUCCGGCGCGGCGCCUGCUUUCGUCACUAGCUAUGGUCUCGCCGGGUCGGCGGUCUUUGCCGCUGGCACGUUGAUGGCUGCCCUCCUGUUGUAAGCCGAGUAAUACGAUCAAUCGAGUCAACAGAGGCCGGGAACUGGAAGCAUUACACGGUGUAAUUACCGCGGACAUGGCGAUGUGAUACCCAUUUUCCUUACCUACGCAUCGUCGGGCACGGCAGAAGGGCAGUGUCAUUGGUUACGAGAUUGUUGACGGAGAUGAGACUUCAUGUAUGUACGUUUGUAUCUUUACCUUUUGCAGGACUCGAAGAAUGUAAUCCAUGCCGUCUUGACA